UUGGCCAUAUAUUUCGGGUAGCCUUCAGAGUAAAACACAAUGGAUAAAAUAUGUAGUGUGAGCGAGAAAACUGACAGAGAGAGGCAAUUUAUUCAUGUCAGCAUAAACUCGUCUCAGUGAACUUCGAAGCCUCUCAAGCUAUUUUAGCUUGCUAGCUCCUAACAAAGAAACCCGGAAGUUAUGACGAAAUAAGCAGAGCUCAAGCGUGAGCGUAAACUGUUGUGUUUGUGUGAAAAUGUGUCAAAUACAAAUGCUGGGAGCCUUGGUGAAUCAGCGACUAACUCAAUAUUUUUGAAGUGAGAAGGAACGAUAGCAGAGUACGAGGAGUUACUCGAACAAAAGAGGAGAACGAGCGACAACGUCAACUACUGGACGCUGUUUUCAAGAAGCCUCACGUUGUGUUACACAGAGCAGUUCUGCAGACGUCAGUGAAGAACAUCUACCCCCUGAGCAGCAGGAGUGGAACUCCAGGAUGGAGCAGGAGGAGCCACAGCAUCCUCACUUCAAAGAGGAAGAGGAAGAGCCACAGUACCACCAUGUUAAAAAAGAAGAGGGGGAGCCACAGCACCCCCACAUUGAAGAGGAAGAGCAGAAGUCACAGCACCCGUACAUGAAAGAGGAAGAGGGGCAGCCACAGCGAACCCACAUUAAAGAGGAAGAGGAGGAUCACAGCAUCAGUCCGGAGGGAGAGCAUCUUGAAGGACUGGAGGAGUUCCCAGGGAUUGGUGGCCCUGUGAAGAGUGAAGAUGAUGAAGACAAAGGUCAAAGUGAGGAGAAGAGAGAGGUGGAGCCUCCAAGCAGCAGCUCCACUCAUCACAUGACAACAGAAGCUGAUGGAGACCACUGUGGAGGAUCACAAGCAGACAACCUCUUAGCUCCACUAUCAGAUAGUGACGACAUAACGUCACACUCUCCUGACACUGAUGAUGAAGACUCUGAAGCUGACAUGACAUGUCACACUGACAACACACGCUGGAAAUGCUCUCAAUGUGACAAAACUUUUGUUAACAAGGGAUAUCUGAAAAUACACAUGCGACAUCACACUGGAGAGAAACCCUUCGCCUGCUCAGUUUGCAAUAAAAGGUUCAUUGCUAAGCCAUAUUUGAACGAUCACACAAGAAUACACACUGGAGUGAAAGCUUUUCCUUGCUCUGUGUGUGGUAAAAGAUUCUAUCAAAAAUACCAAUUAAAAAAACACACAAAAAUUCACACAGGAGAGAAACCCUUUUCCUGCCCAGUUUGUGGUAAAAGAUUCAUUAAGAAGUCAAAUUUGGAAGACCACACAAGAAUACACACUGGAGAGAAACCUUUUUGUUGCUCAUUUUGCGGUAAAACAUUCUACCUAAAAGGUAAUUUAAAAAGACACACAUCAAUACACACUGGAGAGAAACCUUUUUCUUGCACGGUUUGUGGUAAAAGAUUCUUUCAACCAAGUCUUUUAAAAAGACACACAAUAGUACACACGAGAGAGAACCCUUAUUCCUGAGCAGUUUAAAGUUUCUCUCACAAGAUGACUUUGCCGGUGCUGUGCAGGUGCUCAUCUGUUCAUGGGCACUGUGUAACUCUAGAAAGUGUGAUGGAAAUGUUCAAGAGACUAGUGUUAGGCAAGUAGAUUUUCAAACGUGUGGCAUCUUUCUGCUUGAUUAUAAUUUCCAGUUCAUUUGGAGCAGUUAAUACGGAUAUAUAGAUAAAUAUAAAAUCCUGUCCUGUUGUUUAUCUUUCUGAAAUUGACAUAUUUCAGACAGAAAAAACAGAUAAGGCUGAUUAAAAAUUGUAAUAAUUUGACAGCCCUUAAAUGUACAGUGAUUAUAUGGAGGCUCAUGCCUGCCAAAAAAAGACCUAACGGCAUCCAUGGUUCCCCUCAGUGAUGGUGUGAAUGUUUUGUUUG